GCGAUAAAAGUUACUUUGACUUGGAUGUGGUAACAGGGACAGCAGGUGUGUCAUUGAGCAGUGAUGGCCGGCUUUUUGCAUCCAGAGCUGUUGGGGAAGCGAUUGGAUUGAAAGGAAGAAGUCAGAUUUGGCAGAUGAGUGUUGAGGCAGGUGACAGUGGGAACGAGAAUGGAGGUUCCUGGGAGCAGGGAUUGGAUCUCUGAGCUGUUGCAGAAAUGCCAGGGUCGCGAUGGUAAACGAGUGAAACCAUGGAGAGGAAGAGAUGACUGAAGUAGUUGUGGGGCUUUUGAAUAUUUCCCAGUCAUCUGCGUUUUGGCUUCUGGUUCCAGGCUUGUAUGAAGGACAUCGAGAGUUAAAAUGGUACAGUGAGAUGCAGGAUGGGCUGAACAUCUGUGUUCUGACUGUGGGAGGCUUUAUAGCAUUAGACAGACUACAGUCUCACUGGAUGCUUUUGUUUUUAUUAAAGAUUUAUGAAUUUAUGAAGCUCUUCCUGUAGUAUGACAAAUUAUUUGCAAGGCAUUCUUGGAGAUACAAAGCUGUAUUAAACAUGGCGCUUCUAUGAAAAUGACUUGAAUAUUCUAGGUAAUUUGAAAGGCUCUGACCUCUGGCUCCUUUGAUGAGCAGCUGUGUGGUCUUUGAACCUCUGAGAUGCAGGCCCCCAGCUCUCGGUCUGUGCACCUGAGCGAGUGGCAGAAGAACUACUUUGCAAUCACAUCCGGCACGUGUACACCGGCACAGAAGGCAGAUGCGUAUCGUGCGCAGAUACUACGUAUUCAGUAUGCCUGGGCGAGCACUGAGAUCUCCCAGGUCUGUGCUACCAAACUCUUCAAGAGAUAUGCGGAAAAAUACUCUGCAGUUGUCGAUUCUGACAAUGUGGAAGCUGGCUUGAAUAACUAUGCAGAAAACAUUUUAGCUUUGGCAAGAUCUCAGCAGUCUGACAGUAGCAAGUGGCAGUCGGGGCUGUCAGUAAACAAUGUCUUCAAAAUGAGUAGCGUCCAGAAGAUGAUGCAGGCUGGCAGAAGCUCCAGAGACGCACUGCUGGGCCCUGCGGGGGCAUCAGUAGUUAUCCAGCCAGAGGACCCUGCCUGUGGUCUUCCUGACUCUGAUGUUCGUGGGGAUGCCGGAGACGGCCUAUUCCCCGGCUCAGCUCCUGACACAAAUAGGACCCAAGACCUCCCAGCCAGCAGCCUGUGGAGGUGCCCUCAGAGGGCCCAGCCACCUAUGGUGCCCAACAGUGCCCAGACUUACUCCAUGUCCUCCUCCUUAGGUGAGAAAGCCACAGCCAAGCUCCAAGCCACCCCAUUAUUUGGAAAUGUCCCAAAGGAAAGUCGCAACUCUCCUAAAGCUAUUGUGGGACUGCAGAUGGUGUUAUCUAACCAUACUCCCUUUCCUUCUGGCUGCGAAAAUGCGUGGGCAAAGAAGGCCGUUUAUAGUUCUGUCACCAUUGAUACUCUUUCCACUCCAGUUCUGAAUAAGGCCAUUGGGAAGACAGAAGACAGUGGCCCACGGGAAGAGAGCACCCUGCCUACUUUUAAAACUGCAAAGGAACAGUUAUGGGCAGACCAGCAGAGAAAGGGCCACCAGCCUCAGCGUGCCCCAGGGCCCUCCCUUGGGGGUGUGAAGAAGUCUCUGGGAGCUGGGCGAUCUCGAGGGAUAUUUGCAAAGUUUGUUCCUCCUGUUCCUAAACCAGAGGGGACAGAGCAGAACGGCGGCCUGCAGUACAAGACCCAUGGGGCGGCCCCCGCAGAGCCAGCCCCUCCCGUUGAUGAGCGCCUGAAGAACGUGGAGCCCAAGAUGAUUGAACUGAUUAUGAAUGAGAUCAUGGAUCAUGGGCCGCCAGUACACUGGGAGGAUAUCGCAGGGGUGGACUUUGCAAAAACCACGAUAAAGGAGAUAGUCGUGUGGCCCAUGAUGAGGCCAGACAUCUUCACUGGGCUACGGGGACCCCCAAAAGGGGUUCUGCUCUUUGGUCCCCCAGGGACUGGUAAGACUCUGAUUGGCAAGUGCAUCGCUAGCCAGUCUGGAGCGACGUUCUUCAGCAUCUCGGCUUCAUCCUUGACCUCUAAGUGGGUGGGAGAGGGGGAGAAAAUGGUCCGUGCUCUGUUUGCUGUUGCAAGGUGUCAGCAACCAGCUGUGAUAUUUAUUGAUGAAAUUGACUCCUUAUUGUCUCAGCGAGGAGAUGGUGAACAUGAAUCUUCCAGGAGAAUAAAAACGGAAUUUUUAGUACAGUUAGACGGAACAUCCACAUCUUCUGAAGACCGAAUUCUAGUGGUGGGAGCCACAAAUCGGCCCCAAGAGAUUGACGAGGCUGCCCGGAGAAGGCUGGUAAAGAGACUAUACAUUCCCCUCCCGGAGGCAUCUGCCAGGAAACAGAUAGUGGUGAACCUGAUGUCCAAGGAGCAGUGUGACCUCACUGAGGAGGAAGUCCUUCAGGUUGUCCAGCGGUCUGAUGGCUUCUCCGGAGCAGACAUGACCCAGCUGUGCAGGGAGGCAUCCCUCGGUCCCAUUCGCAGUCUACAGACUGCUGACAUUGCCACCAUAACUCCAGAUCAGGUUCGGCCCAUAGCUUACAUCGACUUUGAAAAUGCUUUUAGAACUGUGCGGCCUAGUGUAUCUUCCAAAGACUUAGAGCUGUAUGAAGACUGGAACAAGACAUUUGGUAGUGGAAAGUGAGUAGGACACUGCGAAUGAAAAGAUGCCACCUUUGGAGCAUUGGCUGGUUUAGUUUUAGUGUAGCAGGUAACAUCUAGGGAUACAGGAGUUGCAGCACUUGGGGACGUGCUGUAAAUUCAUCAGAUAAGGAUAGCAGUAGUUCAGUUUGCAGUUGGGUGGCUUUGCCUGUAUUGAAUGCUUUAUUUGCUUUCCAGUUAUUACCUGAUAUUUAUGUUAUUUAAACAGGAUGAAGGUGAAUUUUUUGUUUUUAAGAAGUCUUUUGAAGGUGAGUAGUAAACUCAAAAGUUUAACCUGAAGAUUAUGUAUGAGGCUGUAUCUGAUUUCUAGAUUUUUGUUGAUGAAAGUUCUUCUGAAGGCCACAGGCUCUGUACUGGCUGGUGGAGUGGUUUCCAUUUGAGACCUCAUUGCUCUGUGUUUAAGACUUCACCAAAAACUAGAGUGAGAGUAAAGGUUUUGAUUUUCUUCAGCAGGUUUGUUGCCUAUGUUGUGGUUUUCUUUUCUUACCAAGGCUAAUAAAAGCAUGUCAGAAUUUGCAAGGUGUAAUCCUAGUAUCAGAGGUAUCCACAGAUCCAAGCAGCAAAGGAUGCUGUAGUUUUUCAGAGGAUCUGUGAUGUUUGCUAUUAACAGUUUACCUGACAUUACUUCAGAACCUGUUAUCUUACUGUCUUUUAAAAUUAAUGUUUUUAUAAUGGGCCAUUUGGUUUUAUAAAUAAUACACAUUCAUUGUAGAAACUUAAGAAAAUAGAAAUAAGAGUAUAUAAAUCAUUGUUAGUUCUCUUACCACUUUGGGGGACAUAGUAUUUCAGCAUAGAUCCUGUUAGAAGUUGUUUUUUUGUUGUUUUUAAUCAGAAGAAUGGUGGUACUAUGAGCCCUCUUUUGUCACCUCCUCUUUUUCAUUAAAGUGCAUUAUCAUU